GCGGCGGCCGGAGAUCGUAAGGGCGGCCAUGGCGGCGGGAGAUCGUGAGGGCGGCCAUGGCGGCGGGAGGCCGUGAGGGCGGCCAUGGCGGCGGCCCCGCCCCGCGCGGAAAGGCGGGAAAUCGUGAGGGCAGCCAUGGCGGCGGCCGGCGGCCCCGAGCAGCAGAUGCUCGCACAGAGGCUGAAGGCGGCGGUUCACUACACGGUCGGGUGCCUGUGCCAGGAGGUGGAGGAGGACAAGGACGUGCGGUUCAGCAAACAGAGCAUCGCAGCCAUCUCGGAGAUCACCUUCCGGCAGUGCGAAAUCUUUGCAAAAGACCUCGAAAUGUUUGCAAGGCAUGCAAAACGAACCACAGUCACUACAGAAGAUGUGAAGCUUUUGGCUAGAAGAAGCAAUUCUUUGCUAAAAUAUAUCACUCAGAAAAGUGAAGAGCUUGCAUCAAGUAACAUGGAGCAGAAAGAGAAGAAGAAAAAGAAGUCCAGUGCAGCUAAGGGAGAGAGAACUCCUGGGGAACAAGAAACAGCUAUGACUGAAAAUGAAGAUUCCAAUAUGGCAUGAUUUAUCUUUCGAGUAAUAUUUCAGGACAUUUACUAUCCUAGAGAAACCAGACCUAGCUUAUUCAUCUUGCAGGUUAGCUCCAGUAAUGAAUCUUUAGGUUUUCAGGUGAAUGCAACUGGAUUUGUAUUGUUCCAAAAAUUAAAAGUCUGUCAGAAUUCAGUAA